AGGAUGCAUGCGCGUGCGUCGGUUGUUCCUGUGUGUGUUUCUGUGUGUGUGUACGAGUUCAGCUGAUUUACUUAUAUAUAGAGAAAUUGGAUUAAAUAAACUGUAUAAAUAAAUAAUAAGAUGAGCUGUCUCAGAUUACUCGCGGCAUUCCGUCGCUGCAAGCAGCUGCAAGACGGGGAUACCUCCACACCCCUCUCCCGAUGCCUGGGUCUGAUCGACCUCACGGCUCUGGGGGUUGGAAGUACCCUGGGGUUAGGAGUGUAUGUACUGGCUGGUGCCGUGGCGAAGACAGUCGCUGGUCCUGCUGUGACCUUGAGUUUUUUGGUGGCUGCAAUAGCUUCAGCCUUUGCAGGUCUCUGCUACGCUGAAUUCGCAGCGCGCGUACCCAAAGCUGGCUCCGCAUAUGUGUACAGCUAUGUGAGUGUUGGUGAAUUCAUAGCCUUCACCAUUGGUUGGAACCUUAUCCUAGAGUAUGUGAUCGGUACGGCCAGCGUGGCCAAAGGCAUGGCCAAUUAUAUAGACAGCUUGUGCAAUAACUCCAUGGCCAAUACUAUGACCAGGAUUGCGCCGAUUCAUGUGUCGUUUUUGGCGGAUUAUCCUGACUUCUUUGCGUUUGGACUCGUUCUGCUUAUUACAGUGCUUUUGGGUGUCGGUGUACGGGAAUCUACAAAACUGAACAAUGUGUUCACGGCUCUGAACAUGGCGACUGUUGUCAUUGUCGUCAUUGCUGGAGCUAUAAAAAGUGACCCAUCAAACUGGCGCAUCGACGUAGCCGACAUUCCCGAGGAAUACCGUUCGUCCGCCGGUGCCGGGGGCUUCAUGCCGUGGGGUGUGGCUGGUGUCAUGGCGGGCGCUGCCAAGUGUUUCUUUGGCUUCGUCGGCUUUGACUGUGUAGCCACUACAGGAGAAGAGGCCAAAAACCCCAAGAGAGAUAUACCACUGUCGAUCGUUAUGUCUUUGGCGAUUAUUUUCUUGUCGUAUUUCACGAUCGCUACUGUACUGACCAUGAUGUGGCCGUAUUAUUUGCAGGACGCAGAUGCCCCCUUCCCCCACGUGUUCACCCAAGUGGGUCUCCCAGCUAUCAAGUGGAUCGUCACAAUCGGCGCCAUCUUUGCUCUUUGCACCAGUUUACUUGGCGCAAUGUUCCCUUUACCACGAGUGUUAUACGCCAUGGCAAGCGAUGGAGUGCUGUUCAGACCCUUGGCUGUUAUUAACAAGAAGACACAGACUCCAUUAUUGGCUACUGCAUUGAGUGGACUAUUAUCUGCAACAAUGGCGGCCAUAUUCAACUUAAACCAACUCAUCGACAUGAUGUCCAUCGGCACACUGCUCGCCUACACAAUUGUUGCAAUUAGUGUACUUAUGUUGAGGUACGAAGAAGAGCCAGUACCCCAAUUAGUGGGGGCGAAGCCUCUGGCGGAGUCCCCCGCGGGUGUGGCGAAGCAACUGUUCAACCUGCUCGGCCUUAAGGAGCCCACCAAGCUGUCCGCUAAUGUCGCCAAGUGCACUAUAUUUAUUUUCUUCAUAGUAGCGCUAGUGACAUGCGCGCUGCUGACAGCGAGCUCGGUGAGCGUCGUGCUGUGUGCGCUGGGCGCCGCACUGCUGCUGCUGCUGCUCGUGCUGUACCGGCAGCCGCGCCGCAACGUGCAGCACCUCACGUUCAAGGUGCCAUUAGUUCCGUUGGUGCCGUACCUCAGCGUGUGCAUGAACAUCUACCUCAUGGUACAGCUCGACUAUCAGACCUGGGUUCGAUUCAUCAUAUGGCUGGCUCUUGGUUACUUCAUAUACUUCUUCUAUGGCAUCAGCAACAGUUCGCUAAAGGAGAAGAAAGUCCCGCCACCAACGACAAAUGGAAAAUACGAAGAAAAACAUAUUAUUACUAAAUUUUGACGAAAUCAAACAAUAUUUUAGGAUGCGUGAAAAUCACAUUUAGUCAAACGUAUAAAAAAUUAUCUAAAAUACAACUCGUUUUUUUAAUAACAAUAAUUAUAGAAAUUCGCGCGCAUUUUUGACGUUAAUUUUUUAUCCACAUGACUUUGACAUUUCAAAACCGAUAAUUAUUAUUAAUAGUUCUGUUCUGUGUUUAGUUUUAUUUAAUUUAAAUCUGUGAUUUAUGUUGUGUUGUGUUAACUGUG